CAAUGACGCGUUAAAGUAUUUCUCAUUUGUUUUAACCAAUUUUCAUAGUUUUUCAAAUAUUUUCAGAAUGUUAUAGUGUAAAUAUUGUGGUUACAAAGUGUUAUAAUGGUAUUAUAUAUAAAUUAUAAAGUUAUUUUGUACGUAGGUGUGUUAAAUUGAGUGUGUUUGGGGGACGCCAAACAAAUUUCUCAAGAUGAAAUUCAGAAUUCAUGUUUUGUUUACAAGUGGAGGAUCAUGAAAUGUUUAACAAUAUGGCGUAUGAUAAACAUAUAAACAAAUCAAAAGAUCCACCAAGGACACAUAUACAAAGGAAAAACGCAAUUAUAAGAACAGAAAUUCCCCCAUCCCUUGAGUGGAGGGAUACAAGGAAACAAAUUGGAUUAAAGUGUCAAAGGUACCUACGCAGGAUAGAUGGAUCCAAUUCCAAAUUAUGUCUAUCUUGGGAAUUAACUUUGGGACGGGGAUUCCUGUUUAUCCAAAAAAGUGUGGAGCAAAAGGGAGCCGAGUUAUUUCGAAAUUAUGAUUCCGAAUGCGUCCAAUGCGUUCACGCCUCGUUCCACAGUACAAAGUUAAAAAACCAGGGAGCAAAGAAGAACCUUCAAGUGAACUAGUGAUUACAAACUCAUUUCCCUUUAAUAAAGGAGCAUUUAAGAAAUUCGGCCCCGAGCAAAAUUCGCUCUGCAAUUUUGGAACCCGUUUAGAAAUUAUAGAGGCAAAACCAGGCGUAUGGUUAGAUACGGCAACCAAAGUAUAUAAAGAAUAUAGCAAGAAGUAUUAUAGUAGGUACUUAGGUAUAUUUUUUUACAAUAACAAAUUAAAAGUCGAUAUUUUGUUCCUUACCUAUUUAUAUUAUUAUAUUAACGAGAAAACAUAAUUUCUUAUAGACAUUCCAAUA